AUGUUUAUUCAAUCUGGACUCCUGCUGUCACUGCUUGCUUCUACUCUACAGCUUGCCUCUGCUACCGCGACGCAUGAAAGUUUUGAAUUAAAUGAUUGCCUCGUGAGAUACGAAAUGAAUAGCCGCAUAUCGCAAUUGGACUGGGAUCAAACCGGACAGCAGGUUUCGCAAACGCUGAAUAACUACCACAACGAGGGAGGGAAAAAUUCCCGACUUUGGUUAUUGGGCGAUAUGGCUUUACUUUACGGCGACUACACAACUUCUGAUUGUGUGAACCUUACACCUCAAAUUGGGCUUAGCAAAAAUGGAAUGGUGAUGAACGUCAUCCUACCCACUGGUACCAAGGAUCUCAAGCUUGUAUCAGCCGAUGACACCGUGGCCAAGGGUAAUGAUCGAGAAGGCGUCAUAACGGGAAUUGCAGGCACAAUCAAGCCAGAUAAUAUUGCAUAUAUCUCAGCGGAGUCUGUCAAGAAGGCAAUAGGAAAGGGCCUAACGAGGAAGCGGUCAGGGGACCCAAUUGAGCUCGAAGCCGAAACUUCGACGGGGAAGACGGUUAAGUUGACUCACAUCCUCGUGUAG